UUUUCUGUGAUUUCACUUCCCGCCCCGAGAAGUUCCACGCAGCCGUGUUGAGAUCGAGUCGAAGGUUUUUCCUUGGUUAGUGAGAAUGAACAGAUUCGUCGCAGUGAUCGUUCUUUCGGCGCUGGUGCUUGGCGUCCUCGCGGAGCACGAUGGUCGUGAUGCGUCCGUGCGUGAUCGAGCCGGAAACGGUUACGAGGUCCUGGUGGAGUCGUCCCUGCAUGUGCGAAAGGCGAAUCCGGCGGUACGACGCAACGUGCGCAGCGUGCUAGAUCUGUUGGUGCCACCGAACGCGGUGCUCGUGCGCCAAAAGCGCCAGUUUGGCGGAUUCGGUGCGUCUAGUUCCAAUGCUAACGCCAACGCCUUUGGACAGUACUACGGACCGAACGGAUUCGGCGCAAGUGCCGCUAACGCUGGUGCUCAGUCGUUCUACAAUCAAGGUCCGGCCGGUGGUUUCGGAGCUUCUGCUGCCAACUCAGCCUCGCAGGGCUUCUCUGCUGGUCCAGGCGGAUUCUCGGGUUCCGCUGGACAAUCCGGUAGCCAGAGCUACAAGCUUCCUGGCAACAAGGAUGUGAACCUCUCGUAUAGCGGUGGAUUCUCGGUGGCCAACGGACAGCCAAGCGUAUCGCAGGGCAGCUCCAUCAGUUUUUCGAAAAAGUAAAACCUCCAGUCUAGCAACAAGUCGCUGUGGGAUCGAGCGGACAAUGGAUGGCUUUUUGAGAUGAG